CGUUAUUUAUUGUUUAAUCCCUUAUUUGGGCCCUUACGGGUAGGGUACUUUCUGGCGGUUCUGGCACUAUAUCAUUUUCGGUUUAUUUUCAGACGGAUCUCACAUUUGUGGAAGUUGAAGGUUUUUGACUUUGACGUUUGUCUGAUUUGACACUUUGACAGACGUACGCAAACUCAAAGCGAAGCAAUACGGCCAAGACGCAUGAUCAAAAAGAUUUUAUACGGCUAGCGAACCACUGACGAGUGAAUAUCGAUUAUAAAAUAGGACAAAAGUUCUUUAACAAAAAUGAGUCUUACAUUUUUAAAUGGUAUUUGAUUCAGUAAAAAAUCAGAAUGCUAGGAAAAGCUGUGCUGUGUUUAUCGACUUUACACUUUUACGGUGUAGCGGCACAGGAGCAAUGUACGGAUUUGCGGGGACGGUUGAUUUCCCACGGCCUUCACUACGUGCCUGGCCCGGAUACCUGCACGCUCUGCGUUUGUGACAAUGGCCUGCCUAAAGUCUGUAAGGCGGUACUUUGUUCACCUCCCCAGGACUGCAGAUCAUUUCGCGUGGGCCACACGUGUUGUGAGUUCAUUUGCUUGGACGAUGUGGUGAAGCCGGCAGAAGGAGCCGAGGCCAACGUUCGUAUGGCGGCGGGUGGCGCAGCGGCCGUUGUCUUGCUGACCGUGGCUCUCGUGGUCUACCGUGUCAGGAAGCAGAAGCGACGCCGGCCUCCGCACACUGAUGAUCAGCGGAGCCUGACUAGUAUUGGGUACAUCAGCGGCAGUAUGGGAUACAUGGGCGGUACUUGCGAAACGGCGCUAGCAGCGUGGAAACCGCCGAGCAACUACCUGCCGCGUGGCGAGGCGCCCCCGCCUUACGAUGAGGCCAUAGCGCAGUGCCGACCUGAUAACAUGAGUGGUUACAGAGUAUCGAACGAGACAUCCUACCAUCGCACUUACCCGGCGACAGUGGAAACACUCGCUCGCCCGGACGACGCGCAGUGCGGCGGCCACGGCUACGUCAACAUCCCGCGACCCGUCACACAGGUCACAUAUUAUAUCGCAAACACUCAGAACUGUUACAACGCUCCGCUUCUACAACCGGUACACCAGCAGGACAACCGCGAGCCGGCAGCCAUCACUCACCACCCUCUAGCGCAAAACAUGGUUGGUUUCCCAAGUGCGAUUCGCUUGACGGGUUCUCUGGGCGCCAUCAGCAACCGCGGCCUCCUGUCCGUCCUGCAACGCGAGCCCGAACAUGAACGACCUCACAACGUGCCCGGAUUCUACUCCAAUACUGCCAAUAUUCAUACUUCACUCCACCGCACGAUUCCUCGCAUAUCGACCGCUGUGGACACGACUCUUCUGGACACUCCCAUCACUGGCUUCAACCGCGCCGACCGCUCGCUGCACAACGAGAUCCGGCGCUCGUUCCACAAGCCGAGUGACAACAACCGACACAACGCCGACACCGGACGCAGCAUGCCCAGGAACUUGAACCUGGCUUCAGCUAAUGAUAUUACAAGGACGAUUGAACCAGUACUGGAUGAUACAAACCACGCUCGCCUGAGCAGCAGCAGCGUGUGGCGAGGUCGCACGCACAGCGAAGAACAGAACGUGGGCAGCGAGCGGCCGCAGGAGCCCCCCGCGCCCGCUCCCCACGUGCCCUCUCACGCGCCCCCCCACGGGGCCCCGCACGCGCCCCCACACGGGGCCCCGCACGCGCCCCCACACGCGCCCCCACACGCGCCCCCACACGCCCCGCCCCACGUGCCCCCGCACGCCCCGCAGGUCCCGCCUCACGCGCCGCACGUCCCGCAACACGCCGCGCCCGCGCCGCAGCCAACACUGCCUCUUACCGUUGAUAAGCCGUCAUGCGUGUGUAGUUACGAGGGAACGACCGCGCCGGGCGUAGAAGAGGCAGACGAUUAUCGCAGCGAGUGCGAGAACUGCAAGUCUGCCAGCAGCUCUAGAUGGGUGCUGGAGGAGGGCUGGCAGGCGGAGGCGGCGGACGGCACGCAGACGCUGCAGCGGCGCGCGCCGCCGCCCGCGCAGCCCGCGCCCGCCACCGCCACGCUGCCGCAGCCCGUCACCAAGCAGAGCCGAACCGUAAUUGGUCCACCGUCGAACUGGGAGAACUGGUUUAACACUAUCCCUGACUCUGACUCCGAGUCCGAAGAAGAGUAAUUGUUCUCUCGAUUAUUCAGCAACGCACAUCCAUGUGAUUUAGCUUGAAAAAGAGUAGUAAGCGAAUGGAGUGUUCACUACCUUUGCCCAUAAAGUUACGUUAAAUGAAAUAUUAAAACUAACCAAGAUGAAAAACUACCGUUUAAUUGUAUCAUGCUGACUUCAAUUUUUAGAUGGAAUUAAUAUUUAUUCUAUUAUGCACUGAUUAUCUUAACAAAUAUCAACGUUUUUAGGGGAAUAUAUUUUCUUUGCUUAGAAACAUGGUACUCACUCCAUUUGCUUAAUACUCUGUGUCCGUUUACGCAACAAUAAACGCUCUCGGUACUGAAUUGUCGGACGUAUGACAGUUAGAAAUCGGUAGAAGUCUGUCAAUUCGACUUCAAUGGCAGUGCCAGAUUAGUGCGCUUUCACGAGCAAUUGUUUUCAAAAAUACCUGUUCAAUCUAGAAAAAAAGUGAAAAUGCCACGUUUGCUUUUAGCGGCGUUAAAAGAAUAAUUAGUAUUUGGUUAGUUGUUUGGCCCCUGAACAGUGAGACCUUCUAUCCAACGACUAUUCACAUUCACAGGGUUUGGUUAUUAAUAAUAGUUUAUAUUGCUUGAAUAAGCUACUUAACUUGCUCGUGUAAACUCACCUUAAAGCGGCUUAUGUGUUGCCAGACACGUAACAUUAUUUUAAAAUCGUUAUGAUGAUUGGAGCGUAUUAUAGAUUUUUAUUAAAUUCUUCAUUCCUUUAUUUUGGUGGAGUAAAUAAAACAUGCCAAUAUUUUUUGAUGAUGGCUAAUCAAUUCGGUAGUUAGUGUUAGAUAGUCAACUUAACUUUUUAUUCUUAUUCGCUUAUGAAGCAAAAUAUUUAUAAUUGAAUCUAUUGUUAUUUACUUACUGCACGUUACCUUAUGUUUUUAACAUUCCUUUUUUUUAAUAAGUUAUAUUCGUGCAACAGCCACUGCCGACCAGUUUACCAUACUUGAUUUUGCACAUCCAAUGUGUUCCAAUGUUGAUAUUUUAUUUGUUGCAUAAUGCACUUUGCCUAUUUAUUAAUACCAAAGAUUUGUUGAUGUUUUUAUGUAUAUUUUGUUCAAUUAUUUACCUUUACAAUGUGUAUUUUUUUCUUUGCCGUGGCCAAUUAUUUAUGUAUAAAAAGCAAAAAGUAUUUACUUACACCAGGAAAUUCAGGUUCAGAAUUGCAAUAUACUUUUAUACAUGUCUAUAUAAUCACAAUAAUCGGUACGGCAAAGAAAGAUCCCUUUAAAUAUUUGUUAUUUAUUAAGCUCUAUGAAAAAAGAUCUUGUGUGAGAAACUAAAAUAACAUUAUAAUUAGUGAUAAGUAAUUAUAUAAUAACAGUAUUUUAAUAAUAGUGUUGUCACAGAUAGAUUUCGAUAUUAUCCUGUUCUAAAAUAAAUCAAAGCUCUCUAGUUUUGAAUAUUUUCAUAGAUUACAUAGUGCCAAAAAAGAACUGAUAUUCUGAAAUAUUGAGAUGUAAGUGUACGCUCGCCAUCUGAUACUAAAAUAUCUGUGUACUACUUGAAACUGCUGAAUAUUAGUAGUUAUGCGAUAGAAACAGUAAAAAGGAUCAAUAAAUAGCUAGCUACGGUCAGCCACGCGGCUGACAAAUCUAACGAAUAAUCUAAUAAGUUGAUCUGUUCUUCGAUAUUAUUAUCUGCCUAUUGUUUUAGAUAGUUUGAUCUGUCGUUAUGUAUUUUUAUAAUAAGUAAAACAGUUUAUAAAAUGGUUUUAUUAUACUGUAACCAAUUUACAUGUAAAAAAUACAAAGAGCAAAGCGGUUAUACAAAACGAGUUUGCAAAGUAAAAAUGUCACACAGUCCAACAGAAUUUUAUAUAAGGAGAACCAAAGAAAUAAAAUUGUGAUUCUAUACCAUUUUAGUCUUUAGAAUUUGCAUAGUAGAUGUUCAGGCUCAAUACUAGAAUCGUUAGACUCCGUUUACUUAUUACAUUGAGAUAUUAAAGUUUAUUCAUAAUAUAAACUAACACAAAACCUAGGCUAUAUAUUUUUGUCGAAUAGAAUUACGGAGAAAUAAGAUAAUUAAUUAGUAGUUAUAAGAAAUUUUAAUAAUAAGUAAUUAAUAAUGUUUUCUUAAAUUCAAAAUCGUCGUAUUUUUUGUUUCAAUAAGGUCUGUAGGCAGUUUGGAAUGGAUGAAAAUAGAACAUUUAAUAGUCUGACUUUCAGGGUUGUAAGUAAUAAAUAGCACGUGUAUGAUAUUUAGUGUUAAAGUUACGGAAACUUGAACUUACAUUUCUGAUAUUUUCUUUGUUAAACGCUGUAUAAAAGGUAAACCCUGUAUCUGUAUACAGGAUGUUCUAAAACAAUCAACAAUUGUUUCGAAGCAAAUAUUCUUAUUAAUAUUUAUUUUUUGUUUUUCCAUGUUACUUGUACGUUUCAUCAUGUCUUUUCAAAAACUUUAUAUUGAUUUUGGCGAUAUAUACACGUAAAAAUCCAUUAUUUUAUUGAAAGUUGCAGAUGAUACAAAAGCUGCAAAUAGGACCAUUCGAUAUUAUUUUACGUGUAACAUGUAUUUUGUUAAUUCAACAACACAACCCUUAAAUAAUCACAAAUACCAAGGAUUCUUAAACAGUAUUCAUUGAUGACAGGAAUAAUUAAACUAUUUUUAUAGAUAGGUUAGUAUUAAAUAUUUUCCGCUUUAUGUAAUACGUAUGUUGUCGUUUCAAUUGUUUAACAUAAGUUAGGAUCGCUAUUAACAGAGGCGUUGACUUCAAACUUAAAUAAUAUAAAAAAAAUGAAAAUUAUUAAAAUAAAAAUGAGUAUUAUCUUCAUCGAAUGUAAUUAACAAAUUUUCUUGUUGCAAUUAAAGAUUACAUUGCAUUGAGUCUCAUUACGGAUCAAUGAUUACAAAAAUACAUUCCAAUCAUUCCAAAAUAAUUCAGUAAUUUAUAUUAUUAAAUCAGUGUAAGCAAAAGUAUGUGGAGCUUGAAAUCUGAAUGUUAAACCUUGAACUAUAUGCACAAUUGCCGUUGAGAAAGCGAGAUAAUGCGAUACGUUGGUUAUAGCUGUCUCUCUUCCACACCAGCAACUGUCCUGCUCUAAGGGUAUAUCAAGGUAGAAAUCAGUAUUACCGUCGCUUCCGAACCAAAUAUCCUUGUUCACAUUAUAUAUCAGAAAUAAACAAGUUAAUGGAAAUGUG